AUGUAUCUCAAGGCGAUUCUCAGACAGGACAUUGCUUUUUUUGACAAGGAAAUGAGCACUGGACAAGUUGUUGAGAGGAUGUCUGGGGACACAUUCCUCAUUCAAGAUGCCAUUGGAGAAAAGGUUGGCAAGAUCAUACAGCUCCUUUCUACCUUUUUUGGAGGCUUCAUUGUUGCAUUUGUGAGAGGAUGGCUCUUGACACUUGUCAUGCUCUCAAGCAUCCCUCCAGUAGCCGUGGCCGGUGCUAUUGUGUCAAGGAUGAUGACAACGUUGUCCACUAAAAUGCAAGCAAAAUAUGGUGAUGCUGGAGACAUUGUUGAGCAAACUAUUGGGACCAUUCGAACGGUUGUCUCAUUCAAUGGUGAGAAGCAAGCUAUAACAACAUAUAACAAGUUCAUAAGAAAAGCAUAUGAGUCUGCUCGUCGAGAAGGUGCUGUCAGUGGCCUUGGAGUGGGUUCAAUAAUGGCAAUCUUGUUUUGCAGCUAUGGGUUGGCAGUUUGGUAUGGAUCUAAAUUGAUAGUCGACCGAGGAUAUAAUGGUGGCAUAGUUAUUACUAUUAUAAUGUCCGUCAUGGUUGGCGCAAUGUCCUUAGGUCAGGCAGCACCAUCAAUAACAGCUUUUGCACAAGGUCAAGGAGCAGCAUAUAGAAUGUUCAAGACAAUUGAAAGACAACCAUGUAUUGAUGUAUAUAACACCACAGGUAUCAUAUUGGAAGACAUCAAGGGUGAUGUUGAACUGAAGGAUGUCUACUUCAGCUAUCCUACCAGGCCUGAACAUUUGGUAUUUGAUGGAUUCUCCUUACUGGUACCAAGUGGAACUACAAUGGCACUAGUUGGAGUGAGCGGUAGUGGAAAGUCAACUGUCGUCAGUUUGGUGGAGAGAUUCUACGAUCCACAGUCUGGGGAAGUCUUGAUAGAUGGAGUUGACAUUAGAAGAAUGACUCUUGGGUGGAUAAGAGGAAAAAUCGGUCUCGUCAGCCAAGAACCAGUAUUGUUCUCGAGUACGAUCAGGGAAAAUAUUUCCUAUGGGAAGGAUGAUCUUAAUCUCGAAGAGAUCAGAAGAGCAAUCGAGCUUGCAAAUGCAGCAAACUUCAUUGAUAAACUGCCAAAUGGUCUUGAGACAAUGGUUGGGGAACGUGGAAUUCAGCUGUCUGGAGGGCAGAAGCAAAGAAUAGCAAUUGCUAGAGCGAUUAUAAAAAACCCUAGGAUAUUGCUACUUGAUGAAGCAACCAGCGCGCUGGAUAUGGAAUCUGAGAGGGUCGUUCAAGAAGCUUUGGAUAGGGUAAUGUUAGAAAGGACUACAAUCAUUGUUGCACACCGCCUAAGCACAGUAAAGAACGCUGAUGUCAUAUCUGUCCUACAACACGGGAAGAUUGUGGAACAAGGUUCACAUGUAGAACUGGUGAACAAACCUGAAGGUGCAUACUCUCAGCUGAUUCAUCUGCAAGAGACUCUGCAGGUAGCAGAAGCCCCUAAUGUCGAUCCUGAUGCGAUAAUGGAAAACAGUUUUGGCUCUAGGUCGUUCACAAGGAAACCAAGAAGCCAAGGUAGCUCCUUUAGAAGAUCAACCAGUAAAGGCUCCUCUUUUGGGCACAGUGGUACACAUCCUUACCCUGCUCCAUGUGAUCCCAUGGAAUUCAACAAUGAUCAAGACCUAGAGGAGAGUGCAGAUAAAAUAUCUAGUGACAGAAAGAAAGCUCCAAUCGGCCGACUCUUUUAUCUGAACAAACCAGAGGCUCUUGUUCUUGCUCUUGGUUCGGUUGCUGCUGCAAUGCACGGGGCCAUUUUGCCUGUAUAUGGCAUAUUGAUUUCAAGUGCAAUAAAGACGUUUUAUGAGCCGCCAGCAGAACUACUCAAGGACUCGAGGUUCUGGGCAAGCAUGUUUGCCAUGCUGGGUGCUUGUGCGCUUGUUCUGAUUCCAAUAGAGUACUUCUUGUUUGGAUUAGCAGGUGGGAAGCUUGUGGAGCGCAUACGGUCGCUGACAUUCCGAAGUGUCAUGCACCAGGAUAUCAACUGGUUUGAUAAACCUGAACACUCUAGUGGAGCAAUAGGUGCAAGGCUAUCGACUGAUGCUCUGAACGUGAAGCGGCUUGUUGGAGAAAAUUUAGCACUUAAUGUCCAGACUAUAUCGACCAUCAUAGUAGGUUUCGCAAUAGCUAUGGUGGCAAACUGGAAGCUGGCAUUGAUUAUCACAGUGGUGGUUCCAUUGUUAAAGUAUGAGGAAGCAAGUCAAGUAGCAACCGACGCCGUUGGAGGAAUCAGAACCGUGGCGUCGUUUUGCGCAGAGCAGAAGGUGAUGGAUGCCUAUGAAAAGAAAUGUGAAUCUCCAACAAGGCAGGGAGUGAGGGAAGGUGUUGUUGGUGGCUUGGGAUUUGGGUUUUCAUUCCUUAUGUUCUACCUUACUUAUGCUCUCUGCUUCUACGUCGGUGCAAAGUUUGUUCAUGAAGGAACGGCAACAUUUCCUGAAGUGUUUCGGGUCUUCUUCGUAUUAGUUUUGGCGGCUACUGGGAUCUCACGAACAAGCGCAGUAGGUGCAGAUAGCACCAAGGCUAGUGAAUCGGCCAUCUCCGUGUUCGAAAUUCUUGACCGUAAGUCCAAGAUAGAUUCCAGCAGCGAGGAGGGCAUGGUGGUUGCAAAUCUCAGGGGUGACAUUGAGUUCCAGAAUGUGUGCUUCAGUUACCCCUUACGCCCUAAUGUUCAAAUAUUCACUGAUCUGUCCUUGAUCAUUCCUUCUGGAAAGACAGCUGCCCUUGUUGGAGAGAGUGGAAGUGGGAAGUCCACCGCCAUUGCGCUGCUCGAGAGGUUCUACGACCCGAGUUCAGGCAGGAUCCUUUUUGACGGCGUGGAGCUUCCGACCCUCAAAGUCAGCUGGCUUCGGCUACAGAUCGGGCUCGUGGCGCAAGAGCCAGUGCUGUUCAACGACACCAUCCGCGCCAACAUAGCCUACGGAAAGCAAGGGGAGGCCUCCGAAGAAGAGAUUGUGGCCGCCGCUGAAGCAGCCAACGCGCACCAGUUCAUCUCCGGGCUGCCUGAUGGGUACAACACCAUCGUCGGUGAGCGGGGGAUCCAGCUGUCCGGCGGGCAGAAGCAACGGGUCGCCAUCGCGAGGGCCGUCAUCAAGGACCCCAAGAUGCUCCUGCUGGACGAGGCAACGAGUGCUCUGGACGCCGAGUCGGAGCGCGUGGUGCAGGAGGCGCUGGACCGGGUGAUGGUCGGGAGGACGACCGUGGUGGUGGCGCAUCGCCUGUCGACUGUGAGAGGCGCCGACAUUAUCAGCGUCGUGAAGAACGGGACGAUAGUGGAGAAAGGAAGGCAUGAAGAACUGAUGCGGAUGAAGGAUGGAGCCUACGCUUCCCUUGUCGAGCUUAGCUCCACUUCAAGAUAA